AUGCGAACAGCGCAGUAAGUUUCUGCAGUGAAGAAGCUGCAGAUGGACAUCCAACACUUCAGUGCACAAGAGGAUGAGGAUGCUGGUAAGAAAUGCAAGGCAGAGUGGAUUCAUAUCUUACCACCCAGUGAGCACCUGCUAGCGGCUGUUUAGCUCUCACAGAGAGCGUUGGGUGGGACCAUUGGCUUUUGUGCUCCACCUGCUUCCAGAUAAAUGAACUGGAAUAUCUUCUCUAUUGAACUGGAUCGUGCUGGAAUGACAUUCAAGUGAAAAGUUAUGAUCGCAAAUGCUCAUGAGUUGUUGCACACUAGUUGACUGGUGCAUCUCUCUGUGUGCGGAUCGGGUACCCGUGUGUGAUCAUUUCCGAAGGGCACGUUGCAUUCACUUUCACACAGUGAGUCAGUGAGCGCGCUUCAGAUGCAUGCACUGUUUGAUCGCAAUUGGAAAGGGCUGGGAAUCGAUCUGUCGCCGCCGGUCUCGUUGCCCCACGCUGCCGUGAGGAUGUUCAGCUGUGUCGGGUGUUUUUGGGUGCUCCUCUCCUCCGCCCUGGUCGCGGUCUGCAGUUUCAGUUUUAUCUCCCCCGCGUGGAUCGUGAAGGAGCACCUGAAAAACAAGGACUCGGUGAGUUUCGGGCUCCUCUGGCACUGCUCCGAGUCUCUGGAUCACAUGUACAGAUGUUACACCUUCGGCGGGCUGGGCAAAUUUCAGGAGAUUCCUUCAAGCACUUGGCAGACGAGUGCAGUGCUGUGUUCAGGAGGAUGUGCUCUCUUGGCAGUCAGCUCACUGCUGGCCAUCAUCACCAUCUUCCUGCCCGGUGGAGCCUGUGAGAGGAGGAUCUGCACGCUGGCUGGAUACAUGCAGAUGGCUGCAGUGUUCAUUAUGGGAUCUGGUCUACUGGUCUUCCCCUUCGGUCUCAACUCCAGCCUGGUCAAGUCUUUCUGCGGGAACUCUGACAUCUACAAUGCCGGGGAGUGUCAGAUAGGAUGGGGCUACAUGCUGGCUAUUGUGGGCGUCAUGCUCACCCUCUUCCUGCCCUUUUUUGCCAAGUAUGCCCCCAAAGAGCAGCUGUCACCGACCCCAUUGCCCACCCUUUUAUAGGGCAUUAAAGACCACCAUCUACAAUAUUCACCCUGCUCAUAAUUAUGAAGUGAUCAUUUUGACAUCAGACAGAACAGACUGCAAAGUCUCAACGUUAUUUCCUUGGUUAGUAAUGAUGUUGUGAUGAAGAUAAUGUCGUUUGGGAGCAGAACUGAAGACCUAACCCCCUAUAUCCUGUUUUUGUGCAGUUAUCUUCCUUUAUUGGAUAACGUCCUUUCUUCCUUCAGAAUCAGAUUUAUUUACUUAUUUUGAAAUGUAAUAAUGUAUUUGGGUAUUUCUCUCCCUUUCUAAAUUGUUUAAAAUGUCUGUUGUCUUAGUUUUUUUUUUUCAUUGAUGACCUUUAAGGACUAACUACUGAAAAUAAAUGAGGAAAAUGGACCAUGAGGCAAAGUAGUAUUUUCAUGAUUUCAUUUGCAUUGGUUGCAAAACCAAAAACAGCAAAACUUAAUGACAAUUAACAAUUUCCAAUCAAAUUUUACUGUCGACAUGCAAUGAACAGAAAGAGAAGUGGUAGUCCCUUUGGACAACAUAUCAGGAUCUCUGAAAAUAUCUACUAACAACUGUAAAGGACCUUUUACUAAGUUUACAGGAGCUUCUGAGAAACUGGAUUAAAACUCAAUAAAUCUGACAGCUCUGUUAGAAAGUUUAGCUUUAUACAGUUUGUAGCACCUGAUAUACUGCAGUACUUAUUCAACAAGGACCAACACUGGCGUAAGUAAACUAAAAACUUUUUAUCCUCUGUAAGUCUUACUACUGUAAAAUCACAGGCUUCUUUAUUUGUACUGUUUUCUUCACUUCUUUUCUCAUGAAAACCCUUUGAGAUCCAUGAAGGAACUAAUUAUUUAAAUGGCUUUAAACUGCCAUACUGCAUCAUGUUGACCUCAAAGAGGACAAUUCAUACAUGAACAAAAGCAUCGACUUCUUAACAACUGUAUGUGUAAGUGACAACUGAACAAACUAAAAUCAUGUGUUUUUCAGAUCGUUUGCCUAUUUCCUGAGUAAACAGGAAAUGUUGUGAAGCCUCCUUAUGCUUUCUUUACUGUAACACCUACUACAACUGAAUUAUUCAGGAUUAAACGAAAAUUAGGAGCAAGGCAAAGACAUGUACUGACAGACGUUCUCACUUAAAAGUUGGGUUUAAGUCAGCACUCGGACACUAUGUUCUGGAAAAUACCAACUUCUAACCAACUUGUGCCUUUUGACCAUUGCUAAGACUUAAGUACCUUUCAUCAGGUUAUCUACUACUUAAAAUCAUGUUGUAAAUGCUUUUGUUACGUUAACAUUGUGCAUUGUGUGUGUCUCCAUAAUGAUGAUUAUGAGUGUGUUUUAGCUGAAAGAUUUUAAUGUUGGUGCUUCAAGACAAGCUGACGAUUUGUAAUGUUUUGAAGGAAUUGCAAAGUUAAAUGAUGAAAGCAAAAUUAACAAGUGAUUGAAUGACAGCAAGAGUAAAAGCAAUUUAGUCCUGAUUUGUCAUAAGAGAUGUAUCCAUUACUUGCUGACAUUUGUUGUUACGAUCAAAUUAAUGUGCUAAUGCAUUUACUCUUGGCACAGCAAUACAGUGAAUAUAAAGCUUCUACUUGGAUCAUUCCAUAUUGCACCUGGCCCACUUUUACCAAUGUGUUGAUACAUUUGUGUAAUGUGUACAGAUUGGUAAAAAGAAUGACACUCAAAAUACCCCACUGACCCCGCUGGUAGAUUUAACGUUAACUUCUUUCAUAUUUCCAUGAUAAGGAUGAGCAUACACUGAAAAAUGUACUUUUAAGUUAUCCAGGCCCAGACAGAAUCUGCAGAUUUCUGCGGAAUGGAUUUAAAUGAAUUGUGUUAAGAAGGGCUGCGACACUGCAAGUACUACACUAUUAUUGGUAGCUAAAUGCAUAAUCAAAUUAGUCAAAAAUAUUUCAAAUUUAAUUCACAUAUGCAAUGUGAAUAACGGCCAUUUAAAUUCUGUGUAAUUCUGAAAAGUUCUGUGGGUCCAAAUUCUGUGUGGGCCUGCCUAUAACAUACACAAUACUUAGUGGACAGAACACAACAUUACUCUGGCAUCAGAUGUCAAACAUAAGCAGGCCCUUUAAACGUGAUUAUGUAGGAGUACACUGACUGUAUCCUUGGGUUGCUUUGAUGGUGAUGGCAAUCUGCAUUCUUGAGAUUCAUCUAUAUCAUGUAUGUGAAGUCUGACCACUGGUAGAACUUAGAACUUGUAGAUAAGUACUAUGGGUUUCCCCACUGUUAUGUUUUGGUUGUUAAUAAUUCUGUAACAUGCCAUCUUGCGGAUGGUUGGUUAUCUUUUGAAAGAUAUAUUUUGAGAUGUUACCUCAUCAUUGUGUUUAACCAUUGAAUCUUUAAAAUUGCUGUUAUGUGUUUCUUCUUUGUAAUAAACCAUUUCAUAAAAUACUGCGAAUUUACGUCUUUUAAAUGAAGACACUA